AUGGCAGCCAAAUCACCAGUUAUUCUCAUCCUCGGCUACGGCGCCAACAUCGGCCAGUCUGUUGCUCGCAAGUUCGGCUCUCAGGGUUACAGAGUCGCUGUUGCAGCCCGCUCUAUCAAGGAAGCAGACAGCACCGAUACCCAGCUCAACAUCCCAAGUGACUUUACCAAGACAAAAGACAUUGUAAACGCCUUUGACAAAGUCAAGAAGAAGUUUGGUACUCCCAGUGUUGUUGUGUACAAUGCCAGCGCAGGAAACUUUAGUCCAGCCAAAGACCCUUUUGAUCUGCCACUUGAAGACUUCAACAACAACGUAACCAUCAACAUCCGCAGCGCUUUUGUCGCCGCCCAACAAGCAGUUGCAGGCUUUGCGAAGCUUCCUGACUCUGCUUCUCGCACGUUCAUCUACACGGGCAAUGUCCUCAAUGUUGCCAUGCUUCCUCAGUUCCUGGCCGCCGGUAUUGGCAAGUCAGGCGCUGCCCAUAUGAUUUGGAAUGCUUCCGCGGCAUACAAGGAGCGUGGCUACAAGUUCUACUACGUUGAUGAGCGCAAGCCCGAGGGUGGACCGAUUUAUCGUGUCAAUGGUGAUGCAAACGGAGAGAUGUAUUGGAAGUUGAGCCAGGACAAGGAGCAGGGCGAGUGGCUCCAGACAUUUGUCAAGGGAGAGGGAUAUAAGAAGUUUGAAACUAUCUACACACCUUUGAGCUAG